GUGGCUCCCUUUACAGCAUGGCAGACUGCGCGUUUAUGCAUUUAUUUCCUCUUUUAAUUGUCUUUUCCAAAGCUCUAACAGCAGUGAUCCAAACACAGCAGACUGUGCUGGCAGCAGUGGGAGAAGAUGCUGAAUUCAGCUGUCAGCUCUUGGAGACUAAAGACGUCCUUCAGGUCACAUGGCAGAAAAUCUCACUUGAUGUGGAGACAAAUGUUGCCACCUACAGCAAGCAGUUUGGUCAGAGAGUGAAUGACGGCUUUACAGAUAAAUUUGGGUUUAAAUAUACUGGACUGCAGAACUGCUCCAUAGUCAUCAGGAAUGUGAUGCAGCAGGACGAAGGCUGCUAUCACUGUCUGUUUAACACUUAUCCUGAAGGCUCCUUAACUGGUACAACCUGCCUCCAAGUCUAUGAGCUGCAUGAACCUGUUGUUGAUGUCAGAGAGUCAAACUCUACUGAAGAGUGGGUUGUUUCCUGUUCAGCCACUGGUCGACCUGCUCCCACUGUAACACUCAGUGUCUCACAACAACACCUCAGCUUCUCACAGUACAACACUGUCAGUGUGUCCAACAUCAACGCUACAUUCACUGUCACCACUACAGCUGUGCUCUCAGGUUCAUGUAAACACAGCACACAGGUGGGAUGUGCAGCACGAGUGCUCUCUGCUCCUCACAGAGAGGUGAUGGUGAUGCUUCAUGAAGUCCAACAGACGUCAGAUUAUGACAAUGCUGUUUCCUCCUGGAUCAUUUUAUUAGCUGCAGUAUUGGUGGUGAUGGUCCUUAUCAGUGUUGCUGCACUGCAUUACUGUUCAAAGAAAAAGACAAGAAGAGGUAACUUUUAUUUUUGAUUUCUUGUAAUUUUUUCUACACAGAGAUGUAUUCAGUAAUAUCUGCAUAUCAUAUUCUACAUGUGAUUUAGUUAUUAAUUCUUUGCAUGAUGAUUCAGUGGGUCUUUGUCUAGUUUUUUUUUUCCCUCUCAAUUAACCCCACUGGCUAUGUUUCAACAGAUUUUUAAGAAGUAUUUCCAGUCUUUUGUUGUCUUUGUCCCAAAUGUUCUGAAAUGUGUUGCAGACUUUAAAAGAAGUUGGACUUGACCAAAAAGUGAACUUUAUAUUUAUAAAGUUAUAAUUAUGAAAGCUGAACAAACAUUGAUAAACUUAAAAUGUGUAACAGUAAAAAAGCGAUCUAUUUUUAUUGAUAAAUGUAUAUGUUUGCAUGACUGCUAUUUGGAUUGCCAUGUGUAGAAUGUAGCAAGCAAAG